AUGGCUCACAAUCAGUUUAGAAUCGUCGUGGGUUCCUACGAACAUAACAUCCUUUGUCUGUCGCUAGAUCUGACUUUAGAGACUCCAGUGUUCACUCCGAUCUUCCAUUUCCAAGCUCACUCCCUGAGUGUAAAAUGUCUGGAUAUCUCCAAGAGAUACUUGGUGUCAGGUUCCAAUGAUGAACAUAUCAGAAUCUACGAUCUACAGAAACGUAAAGAGUUAGGUACAUUACUGGCUCACCAAGGGUCUAUCACAGCAUUAAAGUUUUCAAGAGGUGAAAAUAAAAGUAGUAACAAAUGGUUAUUGUCUGCUUCAGAUGACCAUAAGAUUAUUAUUUGGAGAGUCAAGGAUUGGGAAAAUUUUGGUACUUUGAAGGGACAUAUCGGUAGAAUCAAUGACAUAGCCAUCCAUCCAUCUAAUAGAAUUGCUGUUAGUGUUAGUGAUGAUCAUUCAAUCCGUCUAUGGAACUUGAUGACAGUCAAGAAGGCAGCUGUAUUGAAGUUAAGAAAUUAUAAUCAAAAUGGUCAGUUUGUAAGGUGGUUAGGCGCAGAGGGUCAACAUUUUGCAGUUGCUUUGAUGACUAAAGUAUUGGUUUAUUCUACUGAGGAUGCAAAAGUGUGUCAUGAGAUAGAUUUGAAAAGAAAAACCUUGAUGCAUAUGGAAACCGUACACUUAGGUGACGUUGAAUAUAUAUGUGUUGGUUUAAACGAUGGUAGCAUUGAAUUCUACGAUAGUAAGAAACUAUUGGCCGAGACAGAGUUAGUCUCUACAUUGGCUCCAGAGUUCUCUUUGUUAGGUCACACUAACCGUGUUAAGGACUUUAACUUCUACACAAACGUUCAUGGUACUUAUUUGGUCUCGAUUGGGUCUGAUGGUAAGGUUGUCGUUUGGGGUGUAUCUCCAGAGAAGCAAGAACAACUUGCCGUGUACGAUUGUGGUGAAAGAUUGAACUGUCUGGCUCUUUGUGAUGAAUCUAUUGAGAAAUAUGAUACCAUGAGAAAGAGAGAUUCAGACAAGGCAGAUAUGGAUGAAAUCCAAAGUGAGGUAGAAAGUGACACUGAGGAACUAAAGAAGGCCAUGUUUGGUAAGAAGAAGCGCUCCAAGAAGCAAAAGAAGGCCAAGAAAAUCAGUGUAGAACUUGAAUAG